AUGGAAGUUGUUCUUCAUCCUGAUUAUGUUGUAUAUCAGGAUAAUUAUUAUACGGGAACAAAGUUAUGCUUUUCACAAUGUUACAUCCAAAUCAGUGAUUCAACUGCAUGUGCAAAGCAAGGGGAAGGGACCUUUGAAUGGGCAGUUGAUGAUCUUAUUCAUAUCGACUGUCUUUUGUUUCCAAAAAGUGGAAUGGUAGUAAUGAAGCUCUGUGCAGUAUCAAGUAAUGCAGGUCCAUCAAUUCAUAUUAGCUGCACUUCAGAUAUUGAAGAAUUGAAGAUUGUAUUUGUUGAUGACAAUUGGUCCUUGAGACAAGAACAGAUCACAUCUCUUAAUGGGAAAUACUUGGCUAUUUGGAAUACUGUGUCCGAUUUUCAGGAGUCUUUUGAGAAAGUUGACUAUCCAAAAGGGGACCUUAAUUCUGUUUGCAUAACUAAGAGCGAUUUUGAUCUUUUAAAACCAGACACAUUCAUCAAUGACACGAUUAUUGAUUUUUACAUCCAAUAUCUGAAGAGCAAGAUACAAAAGGAGGAAAGUCACAGAUACCAUUUUUUUAAUAGUUUUUUCUUUCGGAAGCUUGUUGAUAUGGACAGAAAUCCAUCCAGUGCUUCGGAUGGAAAAGCAGCAUUUCAACGUGUUCGUAGAUGGACAAGAAAAGUUAAUUUAUUCGAAAAGGAUUAUAUUUUUAUACCUGUGAAUUUCAAGCUUCACUGGAGUUUAAUCGUGAUUUGUCAUCCUGGUGAAGUGGUUAAAUUUAAUGAUAAAGAGCCGGACAAGGCACUUAAGGUACCCUGUGUAUUGCAUAUGGAUUCUAUGAGAGGAUAUCAUAGUGAUCUGAAAAACAUUUUUCAAAGUUAUUUGUGGGAAGAAUGGAAAGAGAGGCAGAAGGAUACAUGUGGAGAAGACCUUUCAUCAAGAUUCUUGAAUAUGCAUUUUCUCUCAGUCCCGUCGCCGCAACAAGAUAACAUGUUUGAUUGUGGUCUCUUUCUACUUCACUGUAUAGAGCUCUUCCUGGAUGAAGCUCCAUUUAAUUUCAACCCCUUCAAACUAACCAAGUUCUCCAACUUUCUCAAUUUGGACUGGUUUCAUCCUGUGGAAGUUUCUCUCAAGCGACCUUUUAUCCAGAGGUUAAUCUUUGAACUUGCGGAAAACGAAAACCACAGUUUGCAUGAAGGUUUUCCCUCUGACUACAAUGAAGACCAUCGCUAUUCAGAAAAUAAUAAGAACAGAACUAACAGUCUUCGUCCUGAAGUCAAUGGGGACUCAUCACUUUCCCAUUCUGUCCAGGGAAAGCAAUUCACUCUAUUGUCAGCACCAUCCCCUUUGGAUCCUCAAUCUUUUAACCCGUCAGACAUGGUUCUUAAGGAGCAUUUUAAACCGGGGACUAUGGCUGGAACUUCGCUGGGACAUUGCCAAUCUUUGGACCAGCAAUCAUCUGAUCAUUAUCUCAAUGGUUCAAUUUUUUCAACGAAGGAUGGCACUGAUCUCAAUGAGGAGCUCAUGCAUAUAAUGGCAAAUCCCAACUUUCAGCAAGUUUCACCACAAUCAUUUUCAUUGACAUACUUAACUGGGGGUUGUGAGACGGAGAUUUCUCACGGACCAAGAAUCGGUAUACAAUCAGAGCAUGACAAGAUUGAGUCAUUUAUAGCUACACCAAGUUGUGCAUCAGGUGACUCGGACAUAGAGAUCAUUGAAAAUUUCCCAACUAGAAAUGAAACAAGAUCAUCUUAUGAAGAUGAACGAGGUGAAAACAAUAAUACAGCCAUAGAAAACUACUUUGAGCAAGUUUCAGAUAUUCCUGGUUCUCUCAUGGAAAAUUCUCAAUGGCCAAAUACAAUUUGUGUUGGCCACAACAAUGGAGAUCAACAUUUGUCUUAUAUACAGUCAGAGCACAGCAAGACUAAGCCGUCUCAAGCUACAUCAACUUGUGCAUAUGCUUCAGACGACAUAGCGAUGAUUGGAAACUUCCCAAUUAUAAAUGAAACAAGAUCACCCUAUGAAGAUGAACAAGGUGAAAAAAAUAAUACAGCCAUAGAAGACUACUUUGAGCAUUUUCCAGAAAUUCCUGAUUCUCACAUGGAAUUUUCUCAAUGGCCAAAUACAUCGACUUAUGCAUCCGCUAAUCCAGACAACAUAGCUAUCACUGAAAGUUUCCCAAUUAGAAAUGAAACAGGAUUAUCUUAUGAUGACCAAAGAGCUGAAUACAAUAAUGCAGCCAUGGAAAACUUCUUCGAGCAUCUUCCAGAAAUUCCUGAUUCUCUCGUGGAAUUUUCUCAAAGGUCAAAUCCGAUGUGUGUCAGCGACAACAAUGGAGAUCAAGGCUUGUAUUGUCAAGAGACACCAGCAAUGCAAAUGGAUCAAGUUUCUAAUGCAUUAGAUGACAAAUUCACAUGUGAUGAUGAUGAUCUUGUGAUAAUUGACAGCAUGGAACCUGAUCAUUGGAAGAAUCAACCUAUUAAAAAGAGGCGGAUGCUAAGGUGAAGUGAUGGACUACUCCUGAAAGAAUCCAAUUUGUACAUGGUUGUGUUGUCUUCAUAUAAUUUUGAAUGAUUUAUAGGUUCUGCUUUGCCAACAUUUGAAUAGUUUUGUUGUUCAACAUGACAUUUCUAUAGCUUACGGCCAUUUGGUUGGCCGAAUUCGUUCGCCCAUUCUUUUUGGCUUUCUUUCUAUAGAAAAAAUUAGAUUAUGUCAUGUAAAACAGUUUCUUAUAUGGUAAUUAUGCUUUUGCCUUUUCA